AAAAGGUAUGCGGGUUAUUAUUAACAAUAUUUAAAGUUUUUGAGUAUGACGACGAUAUUUCCACAUUAAAAACUGUUGAUGAGGCCUGUCAAUCAUUAUUAGAUAUUAAAGCAAAAUAAAAGUCCCACAGUAAGCCUACCUGUCUCUGAUAGUACAGUCGUGGCCAAAAGUAUUGGCAGUGACAUAAAUUUUGUGUUUUGCAAAGUUUGCUGCUUCUGUAUUUGUAGAUUAUGUUUCCACAUGUUUCUGUGGUAUAGUGGAUAUUUUAAAUUAGAAUAUUUUACGUUUUAAAUGCGUUUAUUGGCAAAAACAAAAUAUAUGCAAAGAGUCCAAAGGGCCUUGUUUUUUAUAACCUCUGCAAUUCGCUCUGGCAUGCUGCAUAUUAGCUUCUGGGCCAAAUCCUGACUGAUGGCGAACCUUUCUUGCCUUAUAGUGCUCUGAAUUUUUGACCAAUUUUUGGUCUUCUGCUUGUGCACUUACUUUUUGAGGAUUGACUAUGGGACUGACAUCUGGGGAGUUGUUUAAUUAUUUAAAAUGCAUCGGAUCACUCUGCAUAAUCAUCUUUAAACAAUGUGAAUGAACACCACAACAGCUUAAGCAGAAACUUUUGCAAAAUACAGCAUUUAUGUCACUGCCAAUUCUUUUGGCCACGACUGUACAGUUUUAGGUUUUAAUUUCCAAUCAUUAACACAAGCCUUGUAGGUUAAAAUGCAUUUCUCACAACACAAUCCAGCAGCAUUGUUAAUUGAUAUUGUUUCAUAAAACCAAACGCUGACAAAGAGAAGUUGCCAUUUUAUUUUAAGGAGAAUUACUGUUCAAAUGUAUCAAUUGAAAACAACCCCUAAGAUGGAGCAGUCUUGCUUACAUCUAGGAAUAUAACACAUUGUUUAACCACAAAUAACUCUUGAGGGUUUUAGACACAGCACUUUCAAUUUUUUAAGGGAUACUCCACACAAAAAUGAAAAUUCUGUUGAACACAAAAGAACAUACUUUGAGGAAUUUAGGAAAUCAAACAUUACAAGUUUGGAAGUAGAAACGUUGUGCGUCAUAAAAGCUAACACUGUAUAAACAAAUACAAAGAUUAAAUGUUUUGAAAAAUGGUUAAAUGUAAUUUAGACAGAUUUGAAAGGUUUUUAGUACUCACUUGUAUGCAUAUUUUAACUUGCAUUGUUUAAUUCAAAAGUCAGACACAGCGUCAUGAGUCCUACUGAGGACUUGCUGGUUAUAAGUAGGCAUUUUGUGUAACCGUUUUUUCCCCAGUUGAUAUAACACAAUGUGUAUUGGCAGAUAAAAUGUGUUUUACAACAAAGCUUUUGGAGUGAUUUUCCCGGUCUAACAUUAACUGCAACCUUUAUCAAAAUUAUGAGUACCUUGCAUCUGUCUUUCAUAUUUCAAUAAGUCUUUAUGGAGGCUGGUUUUUCUCAGACCAUUGUAACUCUUCUCAACCCUCCCAAGUACUGUUGCAGAAUAAUAGAUCAACUUGAAUAAAAACAAAGUUUAAUUGUCACGACUGGCGUGGUGAAGAACCCAAAUGCAGGCAGGCAGUGAAGGGGUUAAUGAAACAAGACUUUAUUUUAAUACUUAAAACAAAUACCCUCGAUGGGAAAAAACAAAACUAAGAAUAUAUAUAUAAAACAAAGACUUCCCACGUGGGGGCAAAACAAAAGACAGGACCAAAAUAAACUAACUAUAAAGCAACGACACAACAGCUUAACAAACAGCACGACAGGGUACACCACAAAAACUCACAGAAACUCAAGGAACAUAGCACAGUACAUACAACGGCCACAAACACAAGACAAAGAAACAAGAGGGUAUUUAAAGGGAAGACAAAUGAGGGAUAAUGACGCAGGGCAGGUGUGGGUAAUAAAACACUCAGGGAAAGAUAACAAGGAAACGAAAGGGGGGAUCAAUGACUAGACACUGGAGAGAACAUAUAUUAUUGUCAAAAGGACAAUAAUAUGUUUCUCUCCACACAUAACCAAAGGCUUUGUCAUGACUCUGCUACAGGACCAAGAAAAACAUGACUAAAUGAAGCAGAGCCAUGACAUUAAUAUCUACAGUGUUUUAAAAACAUAUUUUAACAACAUCAGGCACCCUAAAACAUGUUCUUUGUGUGAUAAAUGGCUAAAUGUGGCUUUUUAAAUUACAUUUUCAAAUAUUUAACUAAUUUAACUUUUUCAUCUUAUUUUAUAGGUGAUCAGUCGGUCAAAACCUCACCAUUAAUUAUUUUUCUUUGCUGUCAGAAAACGUAAAGUGUAAGUAUAGACCUAAGUAUACGGUUCAUUAUCGAACAACAUCAUCAACCACAAAGAGACAAAUAAUAAAGCCAAUGUUCAAGCACACAGCAUACAUUCAAACGCUUUGUUUAAGAAGAAACAAAAGCGUUCUCUUUGUUAUAAAAGUAAGUGUAAAUAUUUUGAAACAAUAUUAUGGGGAUAUCCAUAAAAUGUAAUGCCAGUAACAAUCUAUGUGUUGUUUUACAAUUUUUCAACAACAAAAUGUAAGAAAAACGAAUAAUAUACCAGGAUAUGAGCAAAAAUUCUGAAGAAAAAAAGGUUGAAUUAUUACAGCUUUGUACACAUAGUAUUUUAAAAUGUAUGAGUAGACAAAAAACCUUAUUUGUUACUUAUUGUGUAUUAAAUUGCAGCCCUUAAUUGUAUUUGUUUUUUAAAAUAACUGAUUUAAUUGUUAAGAUAUGAAUAGUAAAACAUGUUCAUCAUUAAAUUAUCUGCCCCAUUUCCUUUGGGGAUGAGAAUGGUUUGUUUCUGUGCUCAGGAAAAGCAUGCAUGUCUACAUACGUGAGUUUGGGGUACCAUUAUCAAAGAUGCACCUUGAGAACAAUUUGUUCAAAACUCAAUGACCUUUUUAACCACAGGUUGUUUUUUUCCUGUGUUAAACUAAUCAACACACAUGUUAUACGUGUACAUAACUUCAGUCUCCCCCCAGAACCCAAAUUUAACGUCACACCCUGAACACGGACUUUCCGAAGACGUAACAGGUUAUUUUCUCAUUUUUUUGGUGUUCCGGAACGGACUUCCGGCACUUUUUUGUUGAAAAUACCAUAUAUGCACUUAUUUAGUUAAUUUAAAACAGUGGGUUUUGCACUUAAUCUAUGACAAGAAAUAUCCAUAAUGGUUUAGUUUAUAAAAUAAGGAACUAUGACUUCUUCAUAUGAUCUGAAUAAAUGAGGGAGAAAAGACAAAUCUGUAGAAAAAGCAUUUUGCAGAUGCUUCAUGGUAAAGCAACAUCUGGGCUUUAGGAGAUGAGAUUAGGCUUUUGGCCAAUGAUGUAUGUAGGACAUAGCUUUUGGGUCAGAAGAUGCAUUCUUUGACUUUCUCAAGCAGUACACAUAUAGGACUCAAUCUCCUAAUUAUGAAAGAGCCUAUGAAAUCUAUAAAAUAUUAACCAGAAAAUGAACACUUGAGUGUAGAAAAUAAAAAAAACACUGGGUGUAGAAAAAAGAAAUGCCACAAAAUUUCUAAAGAUGAUGUGGAGACCGUCUACUCUGUCUGGUAGGAAAAAAAGCAUUCAUACAUGUUUGUGCAUUCACACACGCCAACAGCGUGGGGGAAAUUAUUCCCGCCCGUUUUCCACUAAAUGUCACACAAAAAUUAUAAAAGGGUUGACCCAGGUACUCACCUUAAUAACAGCUUUCACUCACAUCUCACACAAUUGCACAGCAGGUGAGUUAUUUUUGACUUUUUCUUUAAGCUGUAUUCAUUUGGCAAUCAGUUUAUGUUUGCCCAUUAUUGCAGGAGGGAGAAAAAAUAAUUUGCAAAAAAUAAUGCCUAUUGGCCUAAAACCGUAAACAAGGAUUUUUUGUUUGCCUUUUUGCCAAGAAGUAUGCAGGGAUUUAUGAAAUUGCAAUUAUUUAAUCUGGAAAAUGAAAAGCUUAAAACACGUGUAUGAUUAUGGAAAUUUACGUACAUUCUGGUGUAAUGUUACCACUCAAAGUACAACUAGGUAGAUUUUAAAAACAACAUUGUUCAUUCAUUAUUUUAAAUGAACGCAUGUAAGCUUAUCUUGUCUCCUCAUUGGUUCAAAUAAUCAAAAACCAUCAUUUUGACACAUCGAAACACCAUUUUAAUACAUGUAAAGCCUUUGAAAACCCCACAUCAUGCAAAACCUGCAACCCUUUGAAACACAUCCACACUGCAAACAAUAAGCUCAGCAUAGUAAAGAAACCCAACAAAGUGCUUUCCUGAACUGCAGAUGCAAACUCGAUGUUCGGUUUCUCUUUCCUGUCGAGAGGCGCCACAAACGAAGGAAAAAUUUAGCACAAAUUUUUGCACAUCAUUUAGCACAAAAACCCUAAAGACUAAGGAAAAGAGUUACAGACAAAAGGAAGGUGUGGGAGGUAUUGUAAGGCUUUUUCUUAUACACAGAGCUCCUGCACUCGUAAUAGUAAUUCCAUCGUGUGUUAGUUGUCAACCACUGGCUAUGUGAUCAAUGUUCCAUAUCACAAGAGGAUCACUCAGGCAACAGGUGUAAAGGGUAAGUUGCAAAACUCUAAAAAUAGAAUUUGUACCUGUCUGAUGUACUUGCACGUUGAGAGAAAAUGUGUUGAAAAUGGGAGCAGAUGCAGUGUUUUGGAAAUGCCAGCUUGGCUGACAAUAUUAUUAAACACGUUGACAGGAUUGAGAAUUUUAACCAUGAAAUCAAUUUGUUUUGAAUGUAAAAUGCCAUUUUAUGAUAGCGAGAGAUAAGUUCCGAUAGCAUAACCAAAUAUCACCUUUGACAUUUUUUUCAAAUGCGUAACACAGAUCAUCAACAUUAAAUCAAAUAACUUACAAUUUUAUGCAGGUUAUUUUUUUGAAGAUUGAAAGUCUGUCAGACACUUACUGUACUACCUGAAAAUAUAAUAAGUAGGUUAUCUUAUCUCUGACACAUAAAUGUGUAAAAGUGUCCUAUGGUGGCAGCAACAAUUAAGAAAAUCUUAUGUUAUUUAAUAUUGUGAAUAUUAAUAAUAUCAAAUAUAUAUAUAUUAUUAACAGUUAACACUAUACCCUUAUAUUUCCAAAAGACACAUUCAAAAACUGCUUCAAAUUACAACGUUUCUUUACAUAUUGCCAUAGAAAAAGUGACACUAACCCUCCAAACGAUUGUGAUAUCCAAAAUUGAGCUAAGCCAUGACUGCAACAAUAUAUUUCUAAAACUGUGUCUGUGUCCGGUUACCAAGCGUUGUCAUUUGUGUCUCUCGAAUUUACAGUACAGUACUCCAAAUAUUCCACUGUCGAUUCAUAUCAUGUUUCGUGCAAACAAAUAAAAGCAAUUUUUGAAUUACAGACCCACUGUAAAGUGUGGGCUGUUAAGCAAAAUCAAAAGGCUGGAAAAAGUGAGUCAAAAUGAAAUCUCCAGUUUCUAUAAACAGCUAACCUGGUGGGAGAGUAAAUAGGCCAAAAUAUUCUUUCUGUUUGUUUGUUUGUUUCUAUUCCGUAUCUGAUUAUUAGGUGGGAAUUGAAAGUAUUUUAUCGGUUAAAAUUAGUUUCAUAUCAAUGCAAACAGCCCUCUGUUUGCUCACUUCUCAGAUCUAAUAAUCAUAACACGGAAACUAAAAUUAUUUUUUGGAGUCAUUGCGAAAUGAAACUUUCUGCUGGACCAGACUAUACUCAUAUCUGUUAAGUGAAUGGAACCGAGAGGAUGCUGUAUUCAGAGAGAGAAAUGAAUAAUGGGUUUCAGUGCCUUGAAUAAUCCAAUAUCAUCUUUAGGUCAAAGUCUCAACCCACAGAGAAGUUAUUGGAAAAUAUAUACACCUUUGCACACAGCCAGUGUAAAUAAAACAUUGCAAAAUUGCAAUGGGGCCCAUAAAAUUAUAGAGUAAAAAAUGACAUGACAUGGUGUGCUUACACUACUUUUGUGUUACUGGCGGACACAAACAUACUGAAAACACUUUUUUUUUCUUAAGCUUGUGUAGGCAUUACACGAAAACAUCUGAUACUAUUCAGAACCCACAAAACGAGGCUCUCUACUAAUUUCCUAUCGCUGUCUUAUCUUCUCCUUAUCAUGGCAAGUUGCUUACUUGAAAACCCCCCCAGGUGAAAAAUAUUGACAUUUAUCACAUACUGGAAGUGGUUAAUUUUAAAUGUCAUUUCACCUGACAGAGAAAUAAGCAACACAAAUGUUCUGCAUCGCUUUACUCUGAACACGACUUCUUAACAAGUUCAGAAAACCGCAAUGACACUGACGCUCCAAGGAUGAAAGCUAACUUUCUUUAUAAGUUUUAAGGCACUUAAUUAAAGUUGUUUUUUGUUUCAGAAAGUGUUAUACAUUUAGCUGUAGCUUCUUUUUUUGUGUCAGCCAAAAACUAAUUUAAGAAAAGAGUUUUGAUGGAUUCUUAUACCUCUUUUUUGGCUCGAAGUCAGAACGACAAGCACCACCAGAGUGGCAAACAAAGAGCAAGUGUAACAGAUCAGUCGGUUACAAUAGAACUUCUAAAAGAUUGUAUCAAUUUUAAUCGUUCAAUGUUUCAGCUUUCAUUUUUUUAAUUAAACAUCCAGUGGAUCAAUGCAGAGUACGUUUUUUCAUUUAUUUCUUAUUUCUUAACAUAAAUGAUAUCAAAGUUUGAUACAGAGGUGGUAAACGGAAACUUGAGGCAAAUAGAAAUGGUUGGAUGCCACAGAGAUUCAAUUUGAAUUCAGUAAAAACAUCACUCUUGCCAAAACUGUUUUUGAUAUAGAAAAUGUAAAUUAAGAAAGGUAAAGGGAACAAUUUUCUCUCAGAAAAACUGAGAUUAAUCUUAUGACAUGGAUAUGAUCAUUUUUAAUUUGAAAUAGGCUACUUGUAAGAUGCUUCUCUGGAGGUUACAUAUUCUAAUUACAUAUUAAUAACCAUGAUUAUUGAUAUGGUGUUAAUAUUACACAUAUGAGAAUAUCAUGAGUAAUCGCUUUGGAUAAAAGCGUCCGCUAAAUGACUAAAUGUAAAUGUAAUGUUACCGCUGGAACCAGCCAGAUGCUCUGAGUGAUAAUACCGUCUGAGGUUUUUUAUUUUAUUUCUCAUAUAUCUCAUUUUAAGGAAUGCUUCAAAAUAGAGCCAGUAAGCACAGAGGUGGAGAUAACAGGAGCAGACAACAUCCAUAUCAAGAGGAAAACUGUCCCACCUUUCUCAGUUCACAGAUCAAAUCCAAAGGCAGCAGUUCACCUCUGAGCUCAGUCAAGUCCAUGGCUACCAAGGCAUCUGCUACAUUGGAGAAUGAUCUUAGACGGUACGGCUCAUUUGUCAUUCAAAAUUCCACCCCACAACAGCAGAACACCAACGAAAACACAAGCAAACAGCAGCUUCAUUCCCAGCUAAGACCGUCAGUACUACGCAAAGGCAACCAGCCUUUCCCACAGGAUGUUCACUCUGCUGUGCACGACUGGGUUGUGAAUACUGUGUGUAAGACAGAACCUGAAAGUGAGCGGUCCGAUUUUGCCCCAUUUUACAAUGGCCAAUCAGAAAGCAGAAGCAAAGCCUCCGGGUCAAGUCCUCAGCCAAGCAGCACAGAACAUACCGGAAGGAAUGCAUAUUCUGUUCAAGAGGACUUGCUUUGUGUUAAAGGACAAUGUCGAUGGCCAGGUUGCUCAAAGAGCAAGGAGGUGUUCAAAGAAUAUGCACAUUUCCUAAGACAUCUGUCUAAUGAGCACGUUCCUGGAGACAGAAGCAUAGCCCAGCUGAGGAUGCAGAAAGACAAUGUGCAACACAUGGAGAAUCAGUUAACUUCAGAGAGACAGAAACUUCAGGCGAUGCAUCUACACCUGUUCCAAGCCAAAUCUUCCUCUGAGGUCAGUACCAGUGCGGACAAACUGGGCCAUAUUUCUGGACUCCUGCAACCUGCUGUGUGUCAAAAUGCAAAUGGUCUCUAUGACACUGAGCAGGUGGCAAGUGAUGCAUUAGCGCAGGGGUACUGGCAGAUCUCUACCUCACAAGUAAUACCAGGAAUUAUCCCCAGUUUUGAGUAUUAUAAAUACACAAACAUCCGGCCACCGUUCACCUAUGCCUCCAUGAUAAGAUGGGCGAUCCUAGAAACUCCAGAGAAACAACUGACUCUGAAUGAAAUCUAUCACUGGUUCACCCGCAUGUUCUUUUAUUUCCGUCACAACACAGCCACAUGGAAGAAUGCUGUUCGGCAUAACCUGAGUCUACAUAAGUGCUUUGUGCGUGUUGAAGGAAGGAAAGGUUCUGUUUGGACAGUGGAUGAAGAGGAAUUUCUUAGAAGGAAAGGACAAAAGUUACACAGGGACCAGGAUAUGGGCUGGAUGACACCUUUUCACCUGUUCCCUCUGACUCCACAAGAUAAAUCUUACCAGAUGUGAGGGACUCUGGCUAAGAGACCACAAACAAUACUCAACCACUAACAAUAUUAUCUUUUAGAAGAACUGCAACUUAUAGGAGCAAUUAUCUCAGUUAAGACUGUUAUACAGUAAGUUGAUGUAGAUGGAAACCUAUACACCAUAUUGCAUGUUACCCACAUUAAAAAUAGUCAGCUGUUUAGAGUAAACUGUAGUAUUUAAUCAUAAUUAUAGCCUACUAUAGUAUAGUAUUAUUACUACAAAAAAUACUACUAAAGUAUGCUGUAGUGUUUAUAACAAGAACGAUAAAUGUUUAUAAAUAAUAAAGUAUACUUAAUAUACAUUACUAUAGUAAAUUUCAAAAACACUAUAGUAUCUAUGGAUUUU